UUCUUUCCGGUGUCGUCGUGACUCUGACAGAUCUCGGCUCCAUCUGAUAUCCCACCAUGCUUCUCACGCAGAGAGAGCCUCGCGGCCUAUAAGAGCCUCCGGGGACCAGGUCUACAGAGCAGAGGGACCAGGUCUACAGAGCAGAGGGACCAGGUCUACACAGCAGAGGGACCAGGUCUACAGAGCAGAGGGACCAGGUCUACACAGCAGAGGGACCAGGUCUACAGAGCAGAGAGGGACCAGGUCUACAGAGCAGAGGGACCAGGUCUACACAGCAGAGGGACCAGGUCUACAGAGCAGAGGGACCAGGUCUACAGCAGAGGGACCAGGUCUACAGAGCAGAGAGGGACCAGGUCUACAGAGCAGAGGGACCAGGUCUACAGAGCAGAGGGACCAGGUCUACAGAGCAGAGAGGGACCAGGUCUACAGAGCAGAGGGACCCAGCAGACACACAGUAUGGCUCAGAAGACGGCCCUGAUCGUGUACGCCCACCAGAGUCCGGGUUCCUUCAACGCGGCGGUGCGUGACGUGGCGCAGCAGGAGCUGGCGGCGCAGGGCUUCAGGGUGCUGGUGUCCGACCUCUACGCCGCCAACUUCAGAGCCGAGUCCACGCAGGACGACGUCAUCGGUGGCCUGAAGAAGCCGGAGCUCUUCCAGUACGGGGAGGAGACCAUGCACGCCUGGAUGGAAGGACGCCUCAGCGACGACAUCGUGGCCGAGCAGCGCAAAGUAGAGGAGGCGGAGCUAGUCAUCUUCCAGUUCCCUCUGUACUGGUUCAGUGUGCCGGCCAUCAUGAAGGGCUGGAUGGACCGAGUCCUCACACAAGGAUUCGCUUUCUCCCUGGAGAAGAUCUACAAUAACGGGGUGUUCAAGGAGAAGAAGGCGAUGUUGUCGUUCACGACCGGAGCGAUGAAGUCGAUGUUCCAGCCCGACGGCAUCAACGGAGACAUCAACAUCGCCCUGUGGCCUCUGCAGAAUGGCACUUUGCACUUCUGUGGCUUCCAGGUUCUCGCCCCUCAGAUCUUCUGGAGUCCGGCUCACUGUCCCAGCUCGGUGAGAACCGCGAUGCUGGACGGGUGGCGAGCCCGAGUGAAAGGGCUGCUGUCGGAGCGACCUUUGACCUUUGCCCCCUGCGAGCUGUUUGACCUCAGCUUUCAGGGCGGGUUUCUGCUGUUGCCCAAAGUGAGGGAGGAGCAAGAGUCGCGGCCGUACGGCAUCACCACAGGACACCACCUGGGGAAACCUCUUCCCCCCGACAACCAGGUGAAGGCUCAGCAAGGAAGUGACCGACCAGACGACAGGAAGUGACCGACCAGACGGCAGGAAGUAGAACUUCAUGUCAACGAGCUGAAAUAAAAACUAUUUACAAAGCUUGA